GCUUCUGAAGCAGUAGGGUUUUGAUCCCAACCAGAACACUUGAGUUUUGCUCUGCAAGUGUAUAUAAAACUGGUUUCAUCUUCACUCCUAAGAAUAAGAGGUAAUGGAGACUGAACAACAGGAAGAGACCUUUACCAACACAGAGACAAAUGGCAAACGUCCUGCAGAAGAUAUUGAAGAAGAACAGGCCUUCAAAAGAUCUCGGAAUACAGAUGAGAUGGUUGAAUUGCGCAUCUUGCUUCAAAGCAAAAAUGCUGGAGCAGUGAUUGGAAAAGGUGGCAAAAAUAUCAAGGCACUUCGUACAGAUUACAAUGCAAGUGUUUCAGUCCCAGACAGCAGUGGCCCCGAGCGUAUCUUGAGUAUAAGUGCAGAUACAGAGACAAUUGGAGAAAUCUUGAAGAAGAUUAUCCCUACUUUAGAAGAGUAUCAGCACUACAAAGGUAACGACUUUGACUGUGAAUUAAGACUUCUAAUUCACCAAAGUCUAGCAGGAGGAAUUAUUGGUGUUAAGGGGGCUAAAAUCAAAGAACUCAGAGAGAACACUCAAACCACCAUUAAGCUCUUUCAAGAAUGUUGUCCUCAUUCCACUGAUAGAGUGGUGCUUAUUGGUGGAAAACCUGAUAGAGUUGUGGAGUGUAUCAAGAUUAUCUUGGAUCUUAUCUCUGAGUCUCCAAUUAAAGGACGGGCCCAGCCUUACGAUCCCAAUUUCUAUGAUGAAACGUAUGACUAUGGUGGCUUCACAAUGAUGUUUGAUGAUAGAAGGGGACGUCCAGUAGGCUUUCCAAUGCGUGGAAGGGGAGGCUUUGAUCGAAUGCCUCCUGGUCGUGGCGGACGACCUAUGCCUCCAUCAAGAAGAGAUUAUGAUGAUAUGAGCCCUCGCAGAGGACCUCCACCACCUCCCCCAGGUCGUGGUGGCAGAGGUGGCAGCAGAGCUCGUAAUCUUCCUCUUCCUCCUCCACCACCCCCUCGUGGCGGAGAUCUUAUGUCUUAUGAUCGAAGAGGUAGACCUGGAGACCGUUAUGAUGGAAUGAUGAUGCAGUGUCAUGUGGAUGCCUGUGAUGACAUGCAACCACCAGAGUUGUUUGAGGGUGGCUCUGGAUAUGACUAUUCUUACACAGGGGGCCGUGGUUCAUAUGGAGAUCUUGGUGGACCCAUCAUCACAACACAAGUAACGAUUCCCAAAGAUUUGGCAGGUUCUAUUAUUGGAAAAGGAGGCCAGAGAAUCAAACAAAUACGUCAUGAAUCAGGAGCUUCAAUCAAAAUUGAUGAACCACUAGAAGGCUCAGAAGAUCGAAUAAUAACUAUUACAGGAACACAGGACCAGAUACAAAAUGCUCAGUAUUUACUGCAGAACAGUGUGAAGCAGUAUUCUGGAAAGUUUUUCUAAGACUAGUGAAGAACUGAAGGAGUCCUGCACCUUUUUUUUUUUUGUUUGUUUGUUUUUUAAUAUCUACUUCUGUUUAAAUAGCCAACAUUCCUCUGCUUCAUAGGUAUUCUGCAUUUGAGGUGUAGUGGAAUCUGCUUUUCGCCAGAUGUCAUGUUUUAGUUCAUUACAAAUAUUUAGGGGAGGGAAAAAGUUGCAAAAGACUAAUACUGAAAUUUUGAAACAGCAGCAAAGAGUGGAUUUUAUUUUUGUUCAGUGGUGGUAAAUCAUAAUUGUUUUUUUUCUGUAAUUAUUGUGAACACCCUGCUUUAUGUACACUGUAAUUUUUUUUUUUUUUUUUUGAUGGGAGGGGAAAGGAUUGGUUGUUCACAUGUCCCUGACAUCCUUUGAGGGAAGUGUGUAGAAUGUAAUGUUCUUUUUUAAAAUGUAUUUUAUGAAAUAAAUUUAGUGAACCUA